GGAAAAUGCUAUAAAAAUUGGGAAUUUAGUAGGGAGUUUUAUCAAGGUGGAUCAACAGAAUUUCUCGGUUGAAUGGAACCCUUAUAUGAGACUAAGGGUUUGUAUUGACUUGAACAGGCCUUUAAGGAGGAAACUUAUUCUUCAAUCAGAUGAAGGGGAAAGUUUUUGUGUCAAGUUUAGACAAAAGUGGAGGCUUUCUCUUUGGACCCGAGUUGAGAGCUCCAAAAGGAAACCCAGUCGUGGGAGGCAACAAAUGGCUCGUCCCAGUUGGUAAAGGAAAAGGAAAAGAAGAUGAGGAGGCAAUAGGGUUGGCAAGCUCGGAUGCAGAUGGAAGACCGCAACAGGGGAAGGAUCUUUCUCAUAAUGGAGAUAAGGUGGAUCAGAAGCGAAGACAUGUAGAUCAUGGGGAACAAGAGACCAAACAACAGUAUAUGGACGUGGAGACGGGCGCACCAAAAAACAGGGAGGGGCGGGCUACAACGCCCGCCUGCAAAGCAAUUAGAAGAGGCGCCGGGAGAUGCACAACGGGUGGAAGCUUACAAAAUCCACCACCUGGAAUUUUAUUUUAGUUGCUAUGUUUUUCUUUUUCAGAACUCAAUUGUUUGUUGCUUUCUUGUUUUUAUUUACGGGUGGGUGACGAGGGUUGGUGUUUUCUAAGUAGGUUUGUUAUUGAUGGAGG